AUGUCGCAGAGGGAGAUCAUCUACCUCUCCUUUGGCCCCUAUGCAAACCACAUCGCAACCCACUUCUGGAACCAGCAGCAGUCCUACUUCACCUACGGCGGCAACGACCACGGCGGCGACGGCAACGACCACGACGGCGACGACGACCGCGACCACGACAAUGACCCCCUGAUCGACCACGACGCCUCCUUCAAGGCAGGCAAGGGCGCACACGGACAGGACACCUACAGCCCGCGCACCCUCAUCUUCGAGACCCAGCAGGAGCUCGGAAGCCUCCGCAAACUCAACCCGCUCUACCAGUCUUUCCACCUCGACGGACACGACGAGGGGCAGGAUCACAACGAGCUGCUCCGACAGCUCGCAAGCCACCCGGUCGCGACCUGGAACAGCCCAGCCCAGGUACACGGCUCCCAGCCCGUACCAAAGAGCCGGUACCAGAAGAGGCUCGAGCUCGAGGACCAGGGCUACGACUACGACUCCGAAGAAGACGACGACGAGGACGAAGCCGACGACGCCGACGGCGGCAACGCAGACCGGCCUGCCGAUGCAGACCAGGGCGGCGCCUCAGCAACGCCGACACCGGCGUCCAAGCAGACGGCCCGGCAUGCCGCCCGCUUCCGCUUCUGGUCCGACCAUUCGCGCGUCUACUACCACCCAAAGUCGCUCAUCACCGUCGGCGGCCAGCUCAUGGCGCCCAUGCUCGGCUCCUACAACGGCGACGGCGACGGCGACGACGUCCAGGACGGCCGCACCCGCUUCGAGCGCUUCGAGCAGGGCCACGCCUUUUUCAAGCAGCUCGAGCGCGAGUCGGACACGCUCGACGACAACCUGCGCUGGUUUGCAGAGGACAGCGACCUGCUCCAGGGCUUCCAGCACGUCGUCAACACCUCGGACGCCUUUGGAGGCCUCGGCACCGCCUACGUCGACGCCAUCCACGACGACUUCCCAAAGGCCACCCAGCUCGUCUUUGGCGCAGCCUGGGGCGCCGAGGCGGCGGCCCGUGACGACAACGACGACGGCGGCAGCGGCGCUGCGACAGCGGCGCGCCUGGCACGGCUGCGCAGGAUGAACAACGCCCUCGCGCUCGCAUCGCUCGCCGAGAGCUCCGCCCUCUUUGUACCGCUGCGCGCCCCCACCUCGACCGAGACCACGCCGGGGCUCCCGCAAAAGGGGGGCUGGGCCGAGCACCUGGGCCGCAUCGACCUCGCCGACAUGCACCACGCCAGUGCGCUCGUGUCCGCGCACCUCGAGACGGCCACGCUGGGCAGCCGGCUACGAUCGCGGCCCGAGUCGAUAGCGUCGCUCGUCUCGCGCCUCAACUGGCGGCGAGACACCAAGAUCGCGCACCUGGGCGGCUGCAUGCCGUGUCCCAUCUCGUCUUCCUCCUCAUCUGCAUCCUCGUCAUCAUCGGCACCAGCACAACCGCUCGACCCGAUCGAAGCGCUGCUCGCCUCGCGCGGCUACGGAUCGCGCGAUCGGGACCGCGGCCGCGCGCGCGGUCCCACCGAGUCGAUGGCGGAACGGGCAGCGCGCGGGGCCAAGCAGCUCGAGGCGGGCUGGAUCGACCUCUCCGUCGACGACGACGCGCGCGUCAGGCGGCGCGACCGCGUGCUCCACGGCGUCAGGCGGCCGUACGCGGCUAGCGUCAUGGCGCGCGACGACGACGCCGACAAUGUCCGGCCCAUCCUCGGGGCGGUGGAUGCGUUCGUCAAGCUGAGGGAGCCGCUGGGUCAAGGGCUGUACACGAUGCAGCCGUACAACCUACCCACGUCUUUUCCGCGCAUCUUUACCUCUCUCGAUGCGUCGGGCCGCGCAACAACGGCGGCAGGUCCAGGAGGGGCGGGAGGAAGUACGCGACCGCGGAGCGUGCCCGUCGUCUCGUCGCUCUCGACAGUGUCGACGACGCGGUUCCUCCUGCGCCGUGCGCGGCAGACGCUGUCCGAGGCGAUAGGGGGACACGAUCCGCUCUUCACGUACGGUCUCGGUUCGCCCUCGUCGGCGGCGGGGGCCGGUGCGGCAUCCAACGACGAGAACGACGGUGUCGUCGGAGGAAGGGACGGGUUAAAGGAGAUCCGGGAGAGGAUCGAAGACCUCCUCGCCGUUUAUACCGGUGAUGAACCCGCGGAUGAUGCAGACGAGGAUGGGGGGGAGGGUGUGGGGACCGACGAGGAGUAUGAGAUGCAGACGCGGCAGGAGGACGAGGAGUGGGAUCUCUGA